ACCGGAAGCAGUUGAAGAUCGACAAAAGAUGGCGGUACAAGAAACAGCUAUAUACAACAAAACAAAAUGGAAAGUAUUUAUUUGCCUUUUAGUUGGCUAUUCCACGUACUAUUUAACCAGAAAAUCAUUUACCUACACUAUGCCUUCGCUUGUUCGUGAACUCGACGUACAGAAAAGCGAUCUUGGAGUCAUAACAAGCAGUUACACAAUUAGCUAUGGUUUGAGCAAGUUCGCCGGUGGAGUUCUUUGUGAUAAAAUCAACGCUAGAACACUGUUUGUCGGUGGCCUUGUGCUCAGCGCUGUACUGAAUAUUGCUUUUGGAUAUAGCUCCAGCUUGUGGAGUUUCACUAUUUUUUGGAGUGUCAAUGGAAUGGCUCAGGGCUUUGGUUGGCCUCCAUGUGCAAAACUCCUCAAAGCAUGGUUCAAGCCUUUUGAGGUUGGAACCCUGUGGAGUCUGUUGACUGCAGGUUGUAACCUUGCAGCCAGUCUUUCUCCCCUGUUCACUACCUACCUGAUCACCAGCCAUGGAUGGAGAUCUGCGUUUACAAUACCAGGGGCUGUAGCCCUUUGCACAUCACUUGUACUUUAUCUAUUUAUUUACAAUGAUCCCUCAGAAAGAGGGUUAGCCCAAGCCAGUGAAGAAGUCAGCAAACAGGGCAGAACAAUCACACCCGCACCAGAAGGGCUUAUAUCCUCUGUGUUAACUAGCCCAUUCCUUUGGAUGAUAAGCCUGGGUAAUUUAGCAACUUCUUUGAUCAAGUUUGCCAUUGCAGACUGGGGACAACUGUUCUUGAUGCAAGACAAGGGGCAGACACAAUAUAGUGCUGGAUUAGCAAUGAGCAUGUUUGAAGUUGGAGGCUUCAUAGGAAGCAUAACCUCUGGGUUCUUUUCUGACUGGCUUGUACUCAAGUACAAUAAUACUUCAUCAUCAAGUCCAAGGAUCCCGCUUGUGUUGGUCUAUUCCAUUGGACUUACUGCAAGUCUUCAUUUACUGAGGACAAUAAAAGCAUCUGAGAUGAUAAUCUAUCUAUUAGUGUUUAGUAUUGGAUGUACAGCCUAUGGCCCCUUCAAUAUGUAUGGAGUUUUAGCCAUAGAAAAUGCCCCUCCAGGGUUAACUUCAACGACUCAUGCCGUGGUUGCUCUGGCAGCAAGUUCUGGAGGGGUGAUGGCUGGCUAUCCCUUAAGCCUUAUUGUCAAAGAAUAUGACUGGAAGACGGCCCUGCUGGUGUUAGAAUGUGCUGCUAUUGGCGCUGUUACACUUCUAGCCUUUGCCAGGAAUACAAGUAGGCACAUGGUACCAGCUAUCACAGAUACCUCUAAGACUAGCAAAAGAGAUGAAGAUGUGUUGUAUAGCCAAAAGAAAAAGUGAUAAAUAGCUGAUCACCAAUUACAAAUGAUUAUAUAUACUGAAGAUGCAAACAAUAAAAAGCAUAUAUUAUGUACAAAGAAAA